AUGGAAUUAGAGCAACAAACACCACGUGGAGAACUACCACAAGAAAACAUGGGAAGUUCAAUCAUGACAAACCCCAAAGACAACAAUGGAGAAAAGGCACCAAAACUAGAGCUGAAAGCCUUACUUUCAAGCUUGAAAUAUGCAUAUUUGGGUGACAACAGCACCUACCCAGUGAUCAUCAACUCAAGCUUGAGUAAGGAGCAAGAAGAGAAACUCAUCCAAGUGCUAAAACAACACAAAGACGCUAUAGGCUGGACACUCACAGACUUAAAGGGGAUCAGCCCCUCAAUGUGCAUGCACAAGAUCUUGCUUGAAGAGGAUGCUAAGCCCUCAAGACAACAACAAAAAAGGCUGAACCCAACUAUGAAUGAAGUGGUCGAGAAGGAGGUGCUGAUGUUAUGGCAAGCUGGGGUGAUCUACCCCAUCUCAGACAGCCCUUGGAUGAGCCCUGUACAAGUAGUUCCAAAGAAGAGAGGGGUCACUGUUGUACCAAAUGAGAAGAAUGAGCUGAUACCAACAAGAACGGUGACUGGUUGGCGCAUGUGCAUCGAUUACAGGAAGCUCAAUAAAGCUACCAGGAAGGACCACUUCCCCCUACCAUUCAUGGACCAGAUGCUUGAGAGGCUGGCCAGACAUGAAUACUACUAUUUUCUUGACAGUUAUUCGGGUUACAACUAA